AUGGAUAGCGAAGGAGAAGAAAAUCAAAAAUCGACAACAAGUGGAUCCUUCGUUAAACUUGUUCAGGAUAAAUACAAAUCGGAUUCGGAUGACAUCGAAUCGGACGAUAUCGAUGAUAUCGAAUUGGUUUUCACGACAGGAGAAACGGAUCCGAAUUCUAUACACGAGGAUUUGGUACCCAUAGCCGAAGAAAGUAGCGGAAACGAUGAUUGUUCAUCUUCUUCUUACGGCAAAACCGUGCUACUACUGGAAACGGAUAUAUCGAAAUGUGGUAUAGUAGACGACAGCGACGAUGGUAUAUAUUCCGGUCGUCGAAACACUCUUCCCGAUCCUUUACCCUAUCAGCCCAUAAUUCACCGGGAAAUAUUUUCCGGGAGUAGUUUUAGAAGGGCUACUGCGACCAAGGGUAAGGGGGUCGUGACAGCGGCAGCAGCCGCAGCCACCACCGCUGCCGCUGCGUUACCUCCUCACACUCAAGAAACGAGCGUUCAAACCGACAUAACGGCAUUGCCAUCUCACCAUCAGUGGAAAUCCGAAACGUAUUUGGCUCAUAAAAUAAAUUGUAAUUUAACGACGCUACCCUCAAAGUUCACAUUGCCCGUGCCACAAAUGAAACGUCUUCCCUUAUCGAAUAAGACAACGUGCGAAGCUCGCCGAGUACUACUUUCCGACAUUAAUUUCACGAGCAUGGUACCCGAACUCUCGCGAAGCGCCGAUCAUUUACACGAUGAAAACAUGGAAACGACGUACAAAAAUGAUAAAAAAACGGGGGGCAACGUUUUCGAAACGAAACUUCCUCCCAACGACAAUUGCUGUUGCGAAUUUUUACGACGACAAGAUAGUCGAUCGAGUUGCGGAAGUAGUUGUUACUACGGAAGUCGGUACUAUCAAACCUCGACCAAUUCCAUACAAUCCCAAUCGGGUUUGAAUGAUGACGUAAGACGAAGGCAUUCGGCAGGGUGGAAACAACAACCCAAAAUAUCCGCAACGCAAAUAUUUUCCUGUCCUUCGAAACAGUGCAUAUGGUCGUCCAUUCAUCAUCAUCAUCCUCCUCCUCCACCACCACCACCGUUUCCUCCUUCUUCUUCUUCUUCUUUGUUGAAAUCCAACUAUUAUCAUAAUCGUCAUUAUCAUCAUUAUUCUCAGGGUAUGCACGAAAGCGCAUCGGAAAAUUUUUAUCAUUUGCAAAAGGAAAUGCGUAAACAACCGAAAAUACACUUUCACUGUUGCUACCUUUGCAGACAAUCAAUGCCGAAUUUGCAAUAUGAAAUCGAUAGCGAAGAAUCAACGGAAUCCCUUAUGGACGAAGCAGAAGAAUUUUUAAGAAGGUCCGUCGAUAACAUGAUGAUGAUUAAUUCGAAUCAAUUGAAAAAAUUAGAAAGGAGAUUUUCCGACACGGAUUCGAUAUACUGUUUGGGUCCUCCGAAAACGGCACAACCAUUCCUACCGAAAACGGUUAACGACAUUUUUCCAAAUUGUUACGUUAAGGUAAUUAAUCCGCAGGGUAAAGUAGUCGUUGGAAAAGUCAAAUUUUGCGGUCACGUACCUGAAAAAUCCGAACCUUACGUGGGAAUAGAAUUGUUUAACGGAAAUGGUGGUGGAGGAUCUUCAGACGGUACAUUUAUGGGUCAUAAAUUUUUCGAUUGGUGA